AUGAUGGAGCUCUCAAACACCAUAGCAUCAAAGAAACUCAUCGUCAUCCUUGGUGGCUCCUAUGGCGGUCUAUCUACAGCCCACUACCUUCUCAAACAUGCUGUCCCAGCUCUACCAAACGCAAAAGACUACAAGAUAGUCAUCAUCAGUCCCUCCGCAGAAGUCAUGUGCCGGCCUGCAUGCCCUCGCGCAAUGAUAUCUGACGACAUGUUUCCCCAAGACAAGCUCUUCGUCGACAUACCCAGCAUCUUCAAACAGUACGACAAUGAGAAGUUUUUGUUCAUUCAAGGAACCGCAGCAAGUCUCAAUCAUGGUGAAAAAAUGGUAUCUGCCGCACAGAAAGGCAAGGGCGAUCCGAUCACUCUCUCCUAUCACGCCCUAAUAAUUGCUACCGGCGCAUCUACUCCCUCACCUCUCCUCGGUCUCAACAGCGACUCUGAGAGCCUACGAAAGAGCUGGGCAGAUUUUCGUAAGGGCUUGCCGCAGGUCAAAAGCAUUGUGGUCGUGGGCGGAGGGCCAGCGGGUGUCGAGACCGCCGGCGAGCUGGGCGAAUACCUAAACGGCCGAAAAGCCCGACGACCAAAGGUCCCCAUUACCCUGGUCUCAUCUACGCCUGAACUCCUUCCCACGCUUCGUCCUACUAUUGCCCGUAAAGCAGAAGGCUAUCUCUCUCAGGUCGGAGUCACUGUGCUGAAGGGGACUCGGGUAAAGGAUGUAGUGCCUGCUGAAUCUGAGUUCACAGGAGUGACGACAAAUACGACCAUCACUUUGGACAGCGGAAAGACGAUUGCGACCGAUCUUUACAUCCCCGCAACUGGUACACGACCGAAUACGAGCUUCAUCGACCAUGCGCUGCUGCUCCCAGAUGGACGAGUCAAUACCAACCCCCUAACACUCCGAGUUGAUUCAGCUGGACCCCGCGUCUACGCCAUCGGCGAUGCGUCUUCGUUCGCCAGGCCUGCUAUUCACAAUAUUUUAAGUGCCGUUCCAGUCAUGUGCGCCAACAUCAAACGGGACCUUCUACUAGCUUCCGAUAGACCGGAGAGUGCUAGUAAUAAGGAUAGACUAUUCGAGGAGGACUUCCGUGAGACUCAGUUGGUUCCGGUUGGAAAGAGCAAGGGAGUUGGUGCUGCCAUGGGGUAUCAGCUGCCCAGCUUCAUGGUUUGGAUGAUCAAAGGCACCGUCGAGGAGGUCCUCAAGGAGCUUCGCACCAUCAACCCCAACUACGACCAGGAUUUCGGCAUUACCACUCUCACUUCCACCGAGGCCAUCGACGCCGUCACCCAGGCCGACGAUACCUUUAAGGACGGCCCCGUCAACUGCGCCGGCUACGACGAUUCCGACCGCAAGCGCCUCGCCCAGGGUGCUCGCUACCUUCUCGACGUCAAGGGCAAGCCCACCCGCGGCCCUGAUCCCGGGAGCUGUGGCCGUGCCAGCUGUAGCUGGAACUCUGCCAUCUAUUGGUGCAACAUGGCAAGCAGAUGCUUCUUUCUAGUGUUUUUUGAUAUCAAGAACGAGACUGACAGUGUGGGAACAAUACAGGACAGCAAGGCGAAGACCCUCAACUCCUUCAAGGAGAUCUCCGAUGGCGCCUACUACGUCAUUGAGAAGUGUUACCGUGGUGUUGGCACUUUCGUCAGCGGUCGCGCCUUCCACAAGGACAACUGGACCGUCGUCGGCCGCUGGGAUCGUUGCUAG